AGAAUCAAUGUGGCACCAUCAUCAAUUCAUCAUACAGGUCUGCUGCGACUUGAAAACAAAAUUGUUUGUGAAUUGAGAAGAAACAAACAAUUCAAUGGCACACAAAAUCCUCUUCAAACCAACCUUCAUUCUCACUCUCAGACAAAAACUCACAACAACAAAAACUCACAACAUUCUUCAUUAUCAUCCAUUUUUUCAAUCCAAACAAUCCUCUUCCUUUCUAAACCUCAACAACAUUCACCCAAUCUCAAAUUACUCCACAACAACACCAACAACCACCACAAUCACCACCGCCACCACCAAUUACGGCGGUUACCUAGACCUAACCGACGAUGACCUAAUGCGACAGUGUGAAAUGGGAACAUUCAAAACCUCUGGUCCCGGUGGUCAGCACCGUAACAAACGCGAAUCUGCUGUGCGACUCAAACACUUACCCACUGGUAUCAUCGCUCAGGCUUCUGAGGAUCGGUCACAGCAUAUGAACCGUGCUUCUGCUAUUAAACGACUUCGUGCUCUUAUAGCUCUCAAAGUCAGGAAACCAGUGGAUCUUGAUGCUUAUUCAGCACCUCGAGAGCUUCUUCAGAUCCUUCCUCCCAAGUCAUCAAUAAGAGGGUCAGAUAUUGGUUCGCAAAUUGGACCCAAUAACCCAAAAUUUGCAAUGGGAAUGCAAGCUCUUUUGGAUCUCAUUUUUGCAGUUGAGGGAUCCGUUGCAGAUGCUGCAAAAUAUCUCGGGUUAUCUACUGGAGCAGUGUCUCGGUUAAUCCUAUCUGAUGAUUCACUUAGAAAGGAAGUAAAUGAUCUGCGAGCAUCAAAGGGUAUGAAGCCUCUCAAGUAGAAGCCUGUAAACCUGACCCAAUUUCAGGGGUUGAAAGUGAAUGAUAUAGAAGCUGACGAGAUUCGAGAGUAAGGUUUGAGGUGAAUUUUCAGAUCAUCACUCGAGUUGGAUAAACCUUGUGCCUGAAGGAAUAUCAAGAUGGUAACCUAAAAUAGAAGUCACAAUUUGGAGUGUAUAUUUUUUGUUCAAGAUAGCUAGCUAUGUGUAAAUUUUUCAUUUCACUGCCUCUGUGGUCACUAUGUAUUGUUUAUUUUCACUGUUUCUGCAGAACAUAAAGUUGGCAAAUUGUAACACAAGAUGCUGAUAUUUAUAGAUUUUAUAAAAAUGAAAAUUAUAUUUAUCAUUUUCUUAACA